AUGGAAAACAGAACGUGUCGCGUGGUCGUUCUGUUAGCCAUUCCUGUCUACGCUGUCUUGGUCUUCCUUCUCAUUAUUGAUGCCAGCAGCAACCACAGCAUCGAAGGGCGUCGUGCCAACCUCCAGCGUUCUCGAGGAACUGGUCCACACCCUCCCCGGCCCCCAGUCUCUCAUGCGCCUCACCAGAGACAUCGCAGAAAACUGAGUGAUGCUCAUGAUUAUAUGACCGUGCAUGAUCCUCCUGGGAGACUAGAUACCAAGGAUGGGGUAGUUCGUGAUGGUAAUGCCCACGAGAAACGUCCAGGUAUGGACAGGUUCGAGACGGGAAAUGAGGGUUUCGGAGCUUCAUCUACAACACAGACCAUGAGUUCCGAAAGCGACUAUGAUUAUUAUGAAGACGAAAGUGCUGAUUAUAAUUGGUCCAAGGACUAUUACAAAUACAAGCAUUAUGCCAGGCAUUACAUGUACUCUGAUCUCUUCACUUCCGACUUCCCUAUAGAAAAUGGCGGAAUAUGCCCUAACAGCACGAGAAUUUUCGUUUUUGUCAAUUCACGUGUCGAAAGGACAGAGACCAGAAACGCCAUUCGCAAAAGUUAUUUAAAGCUCUUCGCCAAACAAAAGAUUCCUUAUGCUUUCCUUAUCUCGAAACCCUCCAGUAAAUUAGCAAUGAUUAAAUUGGAAGAGGAAAGCCGAAGAUUUAAUGAUCUAGUGGUUGUUGGAAGCCUAGAAGACUACACAAAUUUGACACUGAAGAUGGGCCACAUGAUGCGCUGGGUUGGUCGCCAUUGUCCCGCCGACACCUACGUUGCGAAAGUUGACGAUGAUGUUUAUGUGAACGUACCCAGGUUCUUAAAGGUUUUGGAGAAGAAAAGGCAAAGUACUGUCCUCGGUCAGAUCUGCUCAAACUGUGUGCCGAACACAGGAAAUAAUUUACCUCUACAUAUGGCACUUGAAAUGACACUUGGCCUGCAGACGCGAAAGAACAUGCCCCUCACAACCUUCCCUCCUUUUGCUACGGGGCCUGCCUAUGUCAUCACGGCAGAUGUAAUUCCCUUGUUCGAAGAGGCGUCUCAGCUGAUGCAGUACUUCAGUUUCGAAGACGUGUUCUGGACAGGUUUUGUUGUGGAGAAGAUCAACCAAGAAUUUGGCCAGACACUGGGAAUGCCCCAAGAUGCAGAGAGUGUAAGGUUCAAAUACCUCACAAUGAGGGCCAAGCGUAAGCCCUUUGGAGUGACUGUGAAGCAUGAGAAUGUCCCUAGAUGGCGUCUUGAUUACAAGACUUCGCAGCUCCUACAGGAAAGUCUUCGCAAGGCCCGUGAGGCUGUUAUUGUUCACAGAAUAGAUUGGGAGAAAGAUAGGGCACUUGUGGAGGUUCUGGAUCGAGCUUUUGGGAAAGGAUGGGCUAGGGGGCUGUAGGACUGUCUUGGCUUUUGU